CCGACAGAGAAGGAUAAAACUAAAACGCCAGAUUCCCCAAGUGCGGUAGAACUCCAUUGCCCGCGAUGGCAGGAGACGACGUCGUCGAGGAGCUGCCUCAGCCCUUCGAUGCGAAGCGGCUCGAACCCGCCAAGAAACGCCGACACUCCCAAUCCCCCGUCAGGGGCAGCGACAAGAAGAAUCGUCGCGAGGACAAGCCGGGCAAGUCCAGCCGUCCGGGCAUAUCUUCAAUCGACGAGCCGCCCCAGCCUUUCGAUGCGAAGAAGCUCGAACCCGCAAAGAAGCGCCAGCGCUCCACCUCGCCCUCCGAACCCCCCCGGAAGCUCAAGCGCCCCGGCCGCGGCGCCCGCUUCUCCCAAUCCGACACCACGUCCAUCCGCCAGCGCCAGGAGCACCGCGAGCGCGAGGCCGCCGAGGCUGCCGCCACCCAGGCCGUCCUAGAACAGCGCGGCAUCAACGAUGUCGUGCGACAACACUACAAUGCCGUGCCCGAGAGGGGCAGGGACUGGAGGAAGACGGACAGCCGGAUCAAGGGGCUGCGGUCCUUUAACAACUGGGUCAAGAGCACCCUCAUCCAGAAGUUCUCGCCGGACGAGGACCACACGCCCGGCGCCCACGAGCACGGCCGCGACAUGGCCGGCGCCAGGGGCCACGAGCUGCUCGUUCUCGACAUCGGAUGCGGCAAGGGGGGCGAUCUGGGCAAGUGGCAGCAGGCGCCCCAGAGAGUGGAGCUGUACGUCGGGCUAGAUCCCGCCGACGUCUCCAUCGAUCAGGCAAAGGAGCGAUACCGCAGCAUGAGCCACCGCAGCAGCGGCAGCCGGGGCGGCAGAGGAGGCUACAGGGGAGGCGGCCGCCCGCAGCACCUGUUCGAAGCACGCUUCUUCGUGAAGGACUGCUACGGCGAGUCCAUCGGCGACGUCGACAUCGUUCGGCAGGUGGGCUUCGACACCGCGCCGAUGGGGAGAAGCGGUUUCGACAUCGUCAGCAUGAUGUUCUGCAUGCAUUACGCCUUCGAGAGCGAGGAGAAGGCGCGGAGGAUGCUCCAGAACGUUUCGGGCGCUCUGAAGAAGGGCGGCCGCUUCAUCGGCUGCAUACCGAACUCGGACGUCAUCGGCGAGCGGGUCACCAAGUUCAACGAGCGGAUCGCGGCCGCCAAGAAGGAAGAGAAGGCCGAGGGCAAGGAGGAAUCGGCCGAGGGCAAGGAGGAAGGGGAGGCCGAGGAGACGGCGGAAUGGGGAAACGACCUGUACCGGGUCCGGUUCCCGGGCAAGACGCCCGAGGACGGGGUCUUCCGGCCGCCGUUCGGCUGGAAGUACAGCUUCUUCCUCGACGAGGCGGUCGAGGAGGUGCCGGAGUACGUGGUGCCCUGGCCGGCGUUCCGGGCGAUAGCGGAAGACUACAACCUCGAGCUCCAGUACCACCAGCGGUUCCGCGACAUCUGGGAGUCGGAGAAGGACGACCCCAUACUGGGACCCCUGAGCGAGCGCAUGGGCGUCCGCGAGAGGGGCCGGGGCCAGCUUCUCGUGACGCCGGCAGAGAUGGAGGUGGCUAACUUCUACGUCGCAUUCUGCUUUUACAAAGUAUAGAGAGAGCGCGCCGCCGAGGGCGAUCGGGACGAACUUCGGGAUCGUCUGCGGCUCUCGAUCACCGCCCUCCCCCGAUGUAGGUAGGGAGAGGGGGGGUCACAGUUCUGCGCCGGGUGCAGGGGUUUUUCCCCGAUAAACUCGAAAUUGACAUCACGGGCGCGAUCGAAAUCAUUUGGCACCGUCCCCACAGAGCAUUGGUUUGGGGGUGGCCAGACGGGCAGGAUGGGCAGGGCAGGGUAGGACAGGUAUGUAGUUAGGUAACCGAAUCGACCUGCUGCGUCUGCUAUGGCGUGCAGCCAGUCCCGGCU